UGCCCUCGCCGGCCGGCCGGCCCCUCCUCGGCCGCGCGCCCUCGUCCCGCUCAGCCGCCGCUCCGUCCCGUAGCAGCCAGCUCGGUCUCCGGCAGCAUGUUCAGCUGGGUGAGCAAAGAUGCCCGCCGCAAGAAGGAGCCGGAGCUCUUCCAGACGGUGGCCGAGGGGCUGCGGCAGCUGUACGCGCAGAAGCUGCUGCCGCUGGAGGAGCACUAUCGCUUCCACGAGUUCCACUCGCCCGCGCUGGAGGACGCUGACUUCGACAACAAGCCCAUGGUGCUCUUGGUUGGCCAGUACAGCACCGGCAAGACCACCUUCAUCCGCCACCUGAUCGAGCAGGACUUCCCGGGGAUGCGCAUCGGGCCGGAGCCCACCACGGACUCCUUCAUCGCGGUCAUGCACGGCCCCACCGAGGGCGUGGUGCCGGGCAACGCGCUCGUCGUGGACCCGCGGCGCCCCUUCCGCAAACUCAACGCUUUCGGCAACGCCUUCCUCAACAGGUUCAUGUGUGCACAGCUGCCCAACCCAGUCCUGGACAGCAUCAGCAUCAUUGACACUCCCGGCAUCCUAUCUGGAGAGAAGCAGCGCAUCAGCCGAGGUUAUGACUUUGCGGCUGUCCUUGAGUGGUUUGCUGAGCGUGUGGACCGCAUCAUCCUGCUCUUUGACGCCCACAAGCUGGACAUCUCAGAUGAGUUCUCAGAAGUCAUCAAGGCCCUCAAAAAUCACGAGGACAAGAUCCGUGUGGUGCUGAACAAAGCUGACCAAAUUGAGACCCAGCAGCUGAUGCGAGUGUAUGGCGCUCUCAUGUGGUCCCUGGGGAAGAUCAUCAACACCCCUGAGGUGGUCCGUGUCUACAUUGGCUCCUUCUGGUCACACCCACUGCUCAUCCCUGACAACCGGAAGCUCUUCGAGGCAGAGGAGCAGGACCUCUUCAAAGACAUCCAGUCUCUACCCAGAAAUGCUGCCCUUAGGAAGCUCAAUGACCUGAUCAAGCGGGCCAGGCUGGCCAAGGUCCAUGCUUACAUCAUCAGCUCCCUCAAGAAGGAGAUGCCCAAUGUCUUUGGGAAAGAGAGCAAGAAGAAAGAGCUGGUGAACAACCUGGGAGAGAUCUACCAGAAAAUUGAGCGGGAGCACCAGAUCUCCUCUGGCGACUUCCCAAGCCUGCGCAAGAUGCAGGAACUCCUGCAGACCCAGGACUUCAGCAAGUUCCAGGCCUUGAAACCCAAGCUGCUGGAUACAGUGGAUGACAUGCUGGCCAAUGACAUAGCCCGGCUGAUGGUGAUGGUGCGCCAGGAGGAGUCCCUGAUGCCCUCACAGGCCGUGAAGGGUGGUGCUUUUGAUGGCACCAUGAAUGGGCCCUUUGGGCAUGGCUACGGCGAGGGGGCUGGUGAGGGUAUUGAUGAUGUUGAGUGGGUGGUUGGCAAGGACAAGCCCACCUACGAUGAGAUCUUCUACACACUGUCUCCUGUCAAUGGCAAGAUCACAGGCGCUAAUGCCAAGAAGGAGAUGGUGAAGUCCAAGCUGCCCAACACAGUGCUGGGGAAGAUCUGGAAGCUGGCUGACGUGGACAAGGAUGGCCUGCUGGAUGACGAGGAGUUUGCCUUGGCCAACCACCUUAUCAAGGUCAAGCUAGAGGGCCAUGAGCUGCCUGCUGACCUUCCUCCACAUCUCAUCCCACCCUCCAAACGGAGGCAUGAAUAACAGCCCUGCCUGAUACCUUCCCCCACGACCCCCAGGGCUGCUGGCACUUUGUACCUGCCAGCUCCUUGUCUGCCCAGGUGGUCUGUGGCCUGGAGGGGCAGAGAUGGAGGGAGGGAAAGGGUCACCAUUUUUCAAGGUCCAUAAAGACUGAGUGAUGCUUCCUCAGCUCUUAAAUAGGAAAACCAUCAUCUUUGUUUUCAAGCUGUUCUGGGGUUCAGCAGGGAGGCAUGGGUGAUGCCUGGAUGUGAACAGUGGGAUUUUGUGCACAAGAACCAUGAUAUUUUUAAUAUAUAACGUUAGAGGCAGCCUUCUUUCUUGCCUCUUCUGUCUGACAGCCCCACCUCAGCCUCUCUCCCUUUCCCCAGCCAGGCAGUUACAGUGACUCUGGAGAAUCACCUCUCCCCCACCCUGGCAUACCUGUAUCAGCUGCCCCGGGCUGUUUGACCAGGAGGCCCCUAGCUCCCUCUGUUUUCAGACUGGGGCUUACUCAUGGGGCAGUCAGUGGCUUGUUUCCUACUAGCUGUGUUCUGUGCUUGGGUGAGCUCCUCCAUGCUUCUGGUGUGGUCUAGGGUGCAGCACCUUCCCUUUGUGUCCACACCCCCUCUCUGACAUCCCAGCCAGCACAGCAGCCACAGGCAGAAGACCCAGCCACUGUUAACUUUUGUGGGGGGCUGAAGGGCCAAGAGACAGUGUCUUCCAGGAAAAUACAUAAGCUACAUAUUGUUCUACAAAGUGACACUUUAUACGUGACCAAAUUUCCCAGUAACUUUCACAACACUUGUUCAAAGCUGUGACUUUUGUCUCCCCUGCCCUACACGCCGGCCUAGGAGCAGCUUCACCCCAGACCCAGCACUGAGAAAGCCCCCUGAGCUUGAGUUUGCUUUCUGGCUGAGGGGAGGUCACCCCAACUCUUGCUCAGACAGGUGUCAGCCUUAUGGCAGCUUCCUGGAGCCCCUUUCUGCCUUGGGGCAGGUCCUGUGACCUGGGGGUGUUUGGAGGCUGUAAGAGGAAGCCUGUGGCCCUGGCCUGGGUAUAGUGUCCAUGCAGCAGGACAGUGGAGAAAACCCAGCCCCUUCCCUCAUCCUCUCAUUUCCUUCCUCUCCCUCCUCCCCUGCUGAGCCAAGGAGGUUUGGGUGUCCCGACGUCCCCAGACUGAGCAAUAAGAAGCCAGAGCUAGAAAAUGACCACUUUAGCCACCUCCUUGCAGCCUUGGGAACCUGGACACCUGUGGCCAGUGGUUGGCUCUUGGGCAGGCUUUCUGUGGAGAUGAGUAGAGCAGUGAGGCCUACUCACCUGCCACUGCCCAUGGGCUCCAGGGAGCUGCCUGCCAACCCCCAGCACCCCUGAGCCUCACAGAGGCUGAGCUCCAGCCUGGUCUGCUACCUUCCUGCCUCAGCCCUCCACUCCUGCUAGUGGCUGAGGAUGGGUGACAGGCUCUCAGGUUCACUGUUCAAAGUCCAGCCAGCUCUGUCCUCACCUGUGGGAAGAGUGGCUGAGUGAAGACCGUUUUGUUUCUUGCAUUAAAGAAAGUUUAAUUGUGCCACAGCGUCUCAUGCUCCCUUGUCUUUCCUGGCCAAGGAGACAUCCCUGGAAUCUCUGCAAGGGGUUCCCCAAGGAGUCCAUGACCACUCACCCCUGUGCAAUGUUGAAGCUGACAAGACUGAUGGGAGCUGAACUUGAUGGUGCAUACUCAUAGCCCAGCACUUGGAAUGUGGAGU